AUGCGCUUCUCCCUGUCCACCGCCGUCGCGGCUCUGCCCGCCCUGGCCGCCGCCCAGGAGAGCCCUCUGGAGCAGUACCAGGCCCAGUUCCAGAACUUCGUCAGCAACUUUGGCUCGUACGUUCCCAGCCCGGCCCGUCAUGACGCCGCCGCCGCCCACGCCGCCAAGACUGGACCCAUGAAACUCCACGUCCUCACCCUCGACACCUGGAAGGACACGCUGUAUGAGCCCGUCCAGGCCGGAGCCACCACGCCCGAGGAGUGGUGGGUCUUUACCACCGGUGGGAACAAGACUUGCUUCGGCCAAUGUGGAAGGGCUGAGCUCGCCUUCAACGAGACGGCAACCAGGUUCGCCGCCCAGCCCACCCCCCACCCUCACAUGGGCCUCCUCAACUGCGAAGACCAGCCGAUCCUCUGCAACGCAUGGUCCGCCGGCGUCGGCUCCAUCUGGGCCUUUGACAUGCUCCCCGAGCCCGCCCCCGUCAACAUCUACAAGAAGCGCCUCAACCUGACGUCCGUCACCUCGGACGACAUCGCCGCCCUCCAGGGCAACAGGGACCAGUUCGUCCUGCUCGAGUCCUUCUGGCACCCCUUCAACGGCAAGGCCGCCGAGCUGGGCGUCGCCGUCCCCCUCGCCUACACCCUCUGGCUCUUCAACCUCCUCCCCAACUGGGCCUUUAUGCUCGCCAUUUCCAUGUUCAGCCGUACCAUGGUGUAA